AAGGCUCACUACCCUGCCGCGAGAAUGACCGUGGCAGCUGCCAAGAAAGGCACCAUCACUGCAGCAUUCUUCGCGGUCGUUCUGGUGGCCGCGACGGCUCAGGACUCGUUGCGUUUUGUCGUUGUGGUGGAGAAGGGCAACGAUGUGGCGAAGCUCAUGAUAACCGAGACGCUAAAAAAGACCACCGAUGCAGUCCUGACCUACUCUCUCAUUGAACUAGACCCAGAAGAAGUGAACGUCGCCGACGUGUGCAACGCCAUCUUCGCCGAUCCGAAGCCGGACGUGCUGAUCGACGCCGUGCGCACCCCGGGCAGCACAGUGGAGAAACUGUCGACAGCAGUGCGCGACACGGCACGCCGCAUGGGGCUGCCCACGCUGAGCCUCACGUAUGGCGUGCACAACGACUACACGCUCAGCGGCUGGGACCGACUCACGGCGCUCGAGCGAGAAUACUUGGUUCACAUAACACCGCCAGGAGACAUCUACACGCAAGUGAUUCGCGACCUCUGUAAGCAGAUGGACCUCUCCACAGCUGGCAUCAUCUACGACACCAGCGUCAUCAUCGACCACAAGUACGCUCGACUGCUGGAAAACAUACCAACGCGACACAUCAUGAGGGAGGUGGACGGCACCAAGGAUGACUUCAAGAGAAAAGCGGAGCUCAUUCACUCCACGGACGUGUCGAACUUCUUCAUUCUUGGCCGUGCCGACACCAUGAACCAAGCCCUGGAGCUGGCUCACAGGAACAAGUGGAACAACUGGCAGUUCGCCUGGUUCCUAAUCUCAAGGGAGAACUACGCACCCAGAUGUACGGAGUGCAACAACGUCACUUUCAUCAUGGCCACGCCGGAGCCGACCAACCCUGACCUACUGGCACAAGCCAAGAAAGACAAGGACUUCGACGUCCAAAAAGAACAGCUUGACGCAGCCUUCUACAUUGACGUGACAAGGAUGAUCAUCCGAGCAGCUAACGAAGAGAGAGCUAGCAGAAGGCUUCCACCCGACCUGGAGUACCCAACGUGCACCAACAUGAAUCUCACCAGUUCUAUGCUGAUGGCCCGUCGGAACAUCACACUCAGGACGACAAUGAUGGAGAUGCAGUACGUGGGACCGUUUGGGCCUAUCGUGAUACGAGAAAAGGAGAACGGGUACCAAGAGAUCAGGAUGUCCGUACAGAGGGUCAAUGCCCCGCGGACAAAAAGGAUGACCUUCAGCCCGGUCGCAAACUGGACGUACAAAGACCCGGAGGGAGUGCUGGUGGAAAGUCCGGGAGAGGAUAUGAAAAAGUAUGCUGCGGUCACGGUGUUUCGGGUUACCACGAUCGUCCAACCUCCGUUCAUCGUCAAAAAGAACACCAGCAACGGAGAGGAUGAGUUUGAGGGCUACUGCAUUGACUUGAUCGACGAAAUCAAGAGGAUACUGAAGUUCGAGUACACUAUCUACGAAGUACAGGACAAGAUGUUUGGCUCCAUCAACACCACCACCAAACAAUGGAAUGGAAUGAUCCGGGAGCUAGUCGACAAGAAUGCGGACAUCGCCCUAGGGCCAAUUUCGGUUAUGGCCGAGCGUGAAACAGUGGUGGACUUCACCGUGCCUUACUACGACCUGGUGGGAAUCUCCAUCCUCAUGAAGAAACCCGAAGUGAAGUCUUCGCUUUUCAAGUUCCUCACUGUGCUCGAAGGAAACGUCUGGGGAUGCAUCCUGGCUGCCUACUUUUUCACAAGCUUCCUCAUGUAUCUUUUUGAUCGGCUGAGUCCGUACAGCUACCGAAACAACAAGGAGAAAUACAAGGAUGACGAGGAGAAACGUGACUUCAAUCUGAAGGAGUGCCUGUGGUUCUGCAUGACAUCGUUGACACCCCAGGGCGGUGGCGAGGCACCACGCAACCUUUCCGGACGACUGGUUGCGGCGACCUGGUGGUUGUUCGGCUUCAUCAUCAUUGCAUCCUACACGGCCAAUUUGGCCGCCUUCCUGACUGUGUCUCGACUUGACUCGCCCAUAGAGUCCCUUGACGACCUCGCCAAGCAGUACAAGAUCAAGUAUGCGCCUCAGAAGGACACGUCUUCAAUGACAUACUUCGAGCGCAUGGCCUACAUCGAGUCCAAGUUCUAUGACAUCUGGAAGAAUAUGUCCUUGGAUGAUACCUUAAGUGACGAGGAGAGAGCAAAGUUGGCAGUAUGGGAUUACCCCGUGAGUGAUAAGUACACCAAGAUCUGGUGGACCAUGCAAGAAGCCAACAUGCCCACAGAAUUUGAGGAAGGCGUGCGAAGGGUCAAAGAGUCUAAAGGCUCGCAAGAAGGAUUCGCCUUCAUCGCGGAUUCCACCCGAGUGAAGUAUGCCACAAUGACCAACUGUGACCUCGUGUCUGUGGGCAGUGAAUUCAGCAGAAAGCCAUUGGCACUGGCCGUUCAACAGAAUUCGCCCUUGAAGGACCAACUCUCCAGCGCGAUCCUCAAGUUGCUCAACCAACGUCGCCUGGAAGGUCUGAAGGAAACCUGGUGGAACAAGAACCCCGCCCGUGUGACUUGUGACGACAGCGAGCGUCAAAGCGAUGGCAUCAGUAUCCGUAACAUUGGUGGCGUUUUCAUCGUCAUCUUCAUUGGCGUUGUCAUGGCUUGCAUCACCCUGGCCAUAGAAUACUGCUACUACAAGAACCGCAAACCUAACAGCAAGGUGGUCGCCGUCAAAGAAUAUUCCGGCAAAGAUUCUAUCAAAGAUUCUAUUAAGCACUAGUAGCCUUCAACUGGGCGUCUACCAUGGUGUAGCUUACUCGCUAAGCUAUACUGAGGUCAAUAUAUCUACUUGCUUGCUAGAAAUGGUGAGUGAAGAAAUAUUGGCGCGAAAGCACUCUGAGUUUAAAUGUUUAUGUACUGAAUGAACCAAAGAAAUGUGCUUGAGUUGCGUUAACUCAACCAUCCUUAAACUUUUUGACCUAUACAUAAAUUGAGCAGAAACGCACAGAAUGGUGCUCCUCUCUCACUUUAAGGUGUUUUUGAGCAGCCAUCCCAAUAAAGGUCACAGAGCAGCGAUUGUGUAAGCCGCUAGCGUAAAGUGGCCAGACAUCCCAAUAAGGUGGGCCAGUGCCUGUUUUUAAAUGCGUGACCCUCUCAUUCACUUCUGCGCAAGCGGAUAGAGUCAAGUUGUAUCGUGCAACUGGGAACCAGCAGGGUAGUCCUGAGCAGCAGUGGCCUCAGUACCAUUGAUAUACAACAUUGAAUGCUGCAUGAAACAAGAGAUGGUGUCCUGCUAAAUCAUGAACAAGUAAUCGGCAAAUGUUACUAUCAUAGAGUAGAUUUAUAUUUUCCUGACUGCGACAACCUGCUCCUCCCCUUUUGAUGAAGACCACACUAUGCCACAUGGUCACUUUACGCUAGUAGGAUCAGCCUUGGGAAUUCAAAAAAUGUCUACGAGUUGAGAGAAAAGUGCAUAAAUGUUAAUUUAUUUCACUAGUAUAAUUCUUGUUUCAGAAAACUUAUAUAUCAGGCCUAGGAUGAAACGGAUUGCUCUGCUUUAACGGCGUGUGACAAUUGCACAUAGACACCUUUGUACUAGGUUUCUGAGCACGAGUGCACGAUUAAAUAUAUUAACGCGACUAUUCAUAGGCAUCCACACAUGGAUUCGGGAAAUUGCAUUUUGCUUCUCCUAUAUAAGACAGUGAACUUAAUUCCUGGUUGCAAACACACUGUACUAAGCAUUAAAUUUAUUGCAGUAGCUUGGUUUUGAAUACUGAUGGCACAUAACCUUAUGGGUGAAGACACAAUGAUAGGCAUAUUUUCUAAAGUUAUUUUUACUUGUUUAAUAUUUACUAUAGUUACUUUUUUGCUGUGCCCACAUUUGAAUGUAUAAACCUGCUAGUAUGGUGGAUGCAUUAUGAAAUAAAGUACAUCUUAUGUGGUUA